UUCCACGCGGGAACACCUGUUUGCUCCGGCGGUAACGGCUGCAUCGGCUCGCGUGCUACGCGGUCACGCUCGGUUCGUGGGGGAUAGAGAGAUAGAGAGAGAGCGAGAGAGAAGGGAGAGAUCUAAUUUCUUCGAUCUCAAAGAAAAAGCACUUGACGCAAUCGCCUCCAAGUAUCUAUUUCAGCCGUUGACGCAGAGGACAUCGUAGGAGCAGCGAUAAAAUAAGAUGUGCUUUCUCUCUGGGGCCAGAGAUACAGAAUAGGGAAAGGAGGAGAGAUACAAGUAGAGGUGGGCGAUAAAGAAAAAGAUAAACCGAAAGAGGACAAAGUACUCGAGACUUCGUGCCCCUCGUUCUUCUCGAUUGUACACGCCAGUCGCCAUUGAGAGAGGUUUUUUUUACGAUACGACCAUCCCCUCCUGCCCUUCUAUACUACGCGCGCGCGCGCGCGCGCGCACCUUUAUGUCACGGCUGAAUGGAUAGGACGAGCAACGACUGCCGUCUUCUCUAUGAGAUAAUAGGCCCGCGUGUCCGCGCCAUUCAGGCCCCGGAUUCUGACGACCGGAUUGAAUCAGGAUCGAGAGAGAGCGAGACCGAGAAGAAAGAGGCGAGGGCGGACAUCGCGGCCCGCAGUCAUGCUCACCAUACACAACGACAUGUCGCCGCGCAACGGUUCGUGCGUGGCGGAAGUGAGCUCCGUGAGGAGCCUGUCGUCGGACGAUGUUUCGGGGAUCAAGGCAAAUCGGAAAAAAUCGUGCUGGGCCCGCGCGACCGAUCCGGCCCACCGUCGCGGUCGGCGGAUCCAAUUGCUGCAGAUGCUGGUACUGCCCUUCAUACCGAUCCUUGCCCUCAUCGUGCAGACCGCCAACACCCUCCACGACAUCCUGAUCUAUCGUCAAGAGGUGUCCGACAUAGAGUCGCAGGUAACGAUAGCCACGGACUUGGGCAAAAUGGUCACCAGAUUGCAGCUGGAAAGAUCCGAAGUGGCCUUCUUCAUCUACACCAAUGGUAAUACUCUGAGGUCAAAUCUGACCCAGAGAUUCGCCAUAACCGACCAGGAUCUCCACAACAUGAGCACGUGGCCGCCGGUAUCCGUGCCGAGGGAUGAAAGCAAGACGCAGACGUAUGACGUAGUGAGCAAGGAGGCCUUCCAAGCACGCCUGGAGGAUUUCAGGCAGAAGAUAAGCUCGGAGGCGAGCAGCAUCAGCGAAGUAAUGUGGUGGUACACGGGCGUGAACGCAGCUAUGCUAGAUCACCUGACUAAUCAGAUCAAGGAGACGGACAACAGCGGGGUGUGGAGAUAUCUGAUAGCCUUCAAAAAUCUUUUACGGAGCAUCGAGAGCCUCGGUAUCGCCUCCGUGGAGGGUAUCAAUUAUUUUGGCCGCGGCGUCCUCCUCGGGGAGAACUACGUCAGUUACGUUCGCCACGAGGCGUUGGGACGCGAUCUUCUCAACGCCGCUCUUACAUACGUUCCCUCCCUGAAGAUGUUCUACGAUGAUCUCACGCGCACCAUGCCCGAAUAUAGCAAGAUCAAGGCAAGGCGAGAGGAAAUCCUGCGGAAUCAGAAGAGAGAACCGAGCGUGGAAGACGCAAUCGCUUACUUCGAUUCGAUGGCCACUUACAUCGACGAGCUGCGUAAACUGCAGCGGGAAUUGCGUCACAUGAUAAGGGAUUAUGUCAAUUCGACAUUACAAGACGCGAGCAACAAGGAAGUUGCAGGUAUCGCUAUCGUCGUUCUGGUGCUGGUAGUGUCGCCCAUUAUCAUCAUACUGAUGCGCAACGCUGUUGCUACUAUUCAGAUGUAUGCCGCAAAUUUGGCGCAAAAAGCCCGUGAGCUCAAGCGCGAGAAGAGAAAGAGCGACACAUUGCUCUUCCAAAUGCUUCCACCUAGUGUUGCUCAGCAACUCAAGCAGACUCAACAGGUGCCGGCCGAAUAUUACGAAGCAGUGACCGUCUACUUCAGCGACAUAGUCGGUUUCACAGAGAUCGCCGCGGAAAAUACACCCCUCGAGGUAGUGACGUUUCUCAACUCGAUCUACAAACUGUUUGAUGCGCGCAUCGAAUGCUACGAUGUAUACAAGGUGGAAACCAUCGGCGAUUCUUAUAUGGUCGCUUCCGGCUUGCCCGUUAGAAAUGGUAAAAGUGACAAGCACGUAUCCGAGAUCGCGACGAUGGCGUUGGAUCUGCUCGCGGCCUCGUCCGUUUUCCAAGUACCGAAACGUCCCGGCGAACGGCUUCAGAUAAGGAGCGGUGCCCACACCGGGCCCGUCGUCGCCGGUAUCGUCGGCAGCAAGAUGCCCCGUUACUGCCUCUUCGGCGACACAGUCAAUACAGCGAGUCGCAUGGAAUCAACCGGUGAAGCUCUGCGGAUUCACAUUAGUUUGGAAAUGAAGAAGGCACUCGAUGCCGUGGGCGGUUUUAAGAUCGAGCAUCGUGGUCUUGUUGAUGUAAAGGGUAAGGGCCUCAUGGAUACAUACUGGUUGGAGUGCAAAGACGGCGGUAUCGCACGCGCUGCCGAGCUCGAUCUGCCGUCGUUCUUUGAGGACGUGCGACCGGUCUUCAUGCGACGCUUGCGCGAAGAGGGCACCCUCUGAU